AUGUUGGAUGUCACUUCAAUACUCUCAGUGGGCGUGGCCCUUUUACUGGGAUACGUGAUGGUCAACCGAGCUGGCAAACAUCAACCUCUCGAACCACCCCUGAUUUCUAGUUCAAUCCCUGUAAUCGGCCAUCUGGCCGCUUUCAUUUACUAUGGACUUGAAUAUUUUGCGUCGCAAAGUGCAAAAACCCCCUUGUCAGCCUUCAGCCUAGAUAUGCUCUUCAACAAGGUGUAUGUGAUCAAGUCCCCCGAGUUGGUCUCAGCCGUGAGACGGAAUCACCGCUCGAUGUCCUUCGAGCCUCUAUUCACCCGCACAGCAGAAUGCGCUGGGGGCAUCACAGGACAUGGUCUUGAGCUGCUUCGCGGGAAGGAAUCCCAGGGUCAAGGACUUGGGCAUCACACAGUCACUACUAUGCGUCCUACCCUCCUAGGCGAGGGAUUGGAUGAGUUGAACACCAAGAUGAUGGAGUGUGUUCAACAGAGUGUCAAGGAGCUGAGGGCCCAUCGUGGCAAGAUUGAUCUUUAUGAGUGGUGCACUCUCGCAAUGACAAUUGCCAGUACAGAUGCCAUCUAUGGACCGCUUAACCCCUACAAAGAAAAGAAGAACCGUGAUUCUUAUUGGGAAAUCGAAAACAACUUAAGCUAUCUCAUGAUGGGGUUUGCACCAUGGUUGAUUGCACGGAAGGCAUGGAAAGGUCGCGAACAAUUGUCAAAUGCCUUCCUGGAAUACUACAAAGCUGAUGGCCAUCUGAACUCAUCACGGCUGGCAUACACACGCUGGGAAACACAGCUUGAUGGUGGAGCAAAACUAGAAGAUAUAGCUCGACUGGAAGCAAUCAUGGGUCUUGGAAUUCUCUCCAACACAGUCCCAACCUGCUACUGGGCAAUCUUCGACCUGUUCUCCCGCCCAGAGCUGCUAAAACAGACUCGAGAUGAGAUACGCCAGUACGCGUUAUCUGUCAACUCGGAGGGGCUCCAUACAGUCGAUUUAGCAACUGUUCAAGAGAAAUGUCCAUUGUUACUUGCAUGCCUGCAGGAAACCCUUCGAAUUCGCUCCAACUCUGCCCAGCUGCGUGUGAUAUUUGAAGAUACGAUGUUAAGCGAAUCUUGUCUCGUCAAAGCGGGCUCCAUCCUUGUUAUGCCAUCUGCAGUGAUCAACCGCAGUGUAUCGGCAUGGGGAAAUGACCCGGACUCGUUUGAUCCUCAGAGAUUUAUAGACCCAGAAGGAAGGAGGACCAAAGCUUCAGGCUUUAUGUCUUUUGGCACCUCUCCUCAUAUCUGUGCUGGUCGGCAUUUCGCCACUGGGGAAAUCAUUGCUUUGAUGACCAUGUUGAUCCUUCAGUUUGACAUCUGCCCUGUUGGAGGGGAGUGGGUUGAACCGCCGAUCAAUGUCAAUGCGGUUGCUGCAUCAUUGAGUCCUCCUAUGGGACAGACCUCUGCGACUAUGAGUGAAAGGGAAGAAUUUAAAGGGGUGAAAUGGGAUUAUCGACUGACUCCUGGAAAGGGGAGACAUGGGUUGAUCAUUGGAUAA